UAUAGUCUUUACCCAGCAACUUCUCAGCCAAACAAAAAUGGCUGAGUCUUCAAAGCAAAGAGGAAACUCACUAAGUUUGUUGCUACUGAUGUUGUUAAUGUUUUUGACCAGAGUGGAUGCUAGAAUUCGGCAUUACAAAUGGGAGAUGAAGCAUGAAUACAAAUCUCCAGAUUGCUUCAAGAAGCUGACUAUAACCAUCAAUGGAAGGAGUCCUGGACCAACAAUCUUGGCACGGCAAGGUGAUACAAUCGUGGUUGAAGUCAAGAACAGCCUGCCAACAGAGAAUACUGCAAUUCAUUGGCAUGGUAUACGACAGAGAGGAACACCUUGGAGCGAUGGAACAGAAGGGGUUACUCAAUGUCCCAUUCUACCUGGGGAUACCUUCAUUUACAAGUUUGUUGUUGACAAGGCUGGGACAUUUUUAUACCAUGCACAUUAUGGCAUGCAAAGGGAAGCUGGGCUAGUUGGAACCAUUAUUGUAACACUCCCUGAAGGGGAAUCAGAGCCCUUCACCUAUGACCACGACUAUAACAUCCUUCUCACUGACUGGUACCACAAAAGCACUUCUGAUGAGGCUAUAGGCUUAUCCUCUAUACCCUUUGUUUUUGUUGGAGAGCCUCAGUCAUUGUUGAUAAAUGGAAGAGGAAGGUUCAAUUGCUCUCUCCUGGGUCCUUCUAGCUCAGUAAACAAGGUGUGCAGUACAACAAAUUCUGAAUGCUCACCAUAUGUACUAACAGUUAACCCCAGUAAAACAUACAGACUCCGGAUUGGCAGCUUGACUUCCCUCUCGUCUCUCAGUUUCCAAAUUGAGGGUCAUAAAAUGAUUGUUGUGGAGGCUGAUGGGCACUACGUGGAACCCUUUGAGGUAGAGAACCUAUACACAUACUCUGGUGAGACAUACUCAGUGCUUCUGAAAGCCAAUCAAAAUCCAUCAAGAAACUAUUGGAUCACCACUAAUGUUGUCAGCAGAAAACCCUCAACCCCGUUAGGGUUAGCAAUCCUCAACUACUUCCCCAACCAUCCCAAAAGACUGCCCAUAACAGUUCCACCACCAGGCCCUGUUUGGAAUCACACUUCAUCUCGCUUAUCUCAAAGCCUUGCCAUCAAAGCCAGGCAUGGGUUCAUCCAAACACCACCUCCCAAGGCAGAUAGAGUCAUAGUGCUUCUCAAUACCCAAAACACUAUAGAUGGCUACAAAAAAUGGUCCUUAAACAAUGUUUCUUUGACUCUUCCUAUCACCCCCUACCUAAUUGCCCUAAAAUAUAAAUUAACCCAUGCUUUUGAUGAUCAAACAUCACCUCCAGAAAACUACGAUUCUGCAAAUUAUGAUAUCUAUAGCGUACCUCGGAAUGUGAAUGCCACUUCAGGGAACGGAAUUUACAAGCUGGAUUUCAAUUCCACCGUGGAUGUGAUUCUGCAGAAUGCUAACACGUUGACCCCAAUGAACAGCGAGACGCAUCCAUGGCAUCUCCAUGGGCACAACUUCUGGGUUCUAGGGUUUGGGGAGGGGAAGUUUGACAGUGAAAGUGAUGGUAAGAAGCUGAAUUUGGUGAACCCAAUAUUGAAGAACACUGUGCCCCUUCAUCCUUAUGGAUGGACGGCUCUGCGAUUCCAGGCCGAUAAUCCUGGAGUGUGGAUUUUCCAUUGUCACAUUGAAUCUCACUUCUAUAUGGGCAUGGCGGUAGUGUUCCAGGAAGGUGUGGAUAUGGUGGGCAAUUUGCCUUCUUCCAUUUUGGGCUGUGGGGCUACCAAAGAAUUCCACAGGCCUUGAGUUCCAUGCUCCUGAAUCAAACAAUUAUGGGAUCUUCAAGUGUUGUUAAACAUUAGGCUUAGAAUCUCAAUUUUACCAAUCAGACUGAAGUUGCAGUGCCAGAUCACAUGAAAUUUCAACAAGUUUUCACAUCAGUUAUAGCCUUUGUUCACCAUUGAAUAAACACUGUGCCUUUCAUUUUCCAGUUCCACAUUACCAAAUCUAUU